AUGGGUUCUGCAAGCAUCGGCCAAGCUCAGUCCAACCGCCCUUCGGGUGAUGCUGUUCACACCGAUCGGAAAGGGAGCGAAACUACCAAUUACGAUGUCGAAAAGCACAACACGGAUCUGGAUUCUGCCACUGCCCAGCUCGAAGAAAUCCAUGCCUUCAAGCAAGGGCUCCACCAACGGCAUAUUCAGAUGAUUGCCCUUGCAGUUCUGGUCGAGCGAUUGCUACCGCUCGGGGCCUUUCUUGCCUACACAAUCAUCGGCCUAGCAGUUUCCAGUGUAGUGUUCGCCGUCGGAGAGAUGGGGGCCUUAGUCCCACUCAAUGGCGGGGUCAUUCGAUACGCGGAAAUCUUCUGCGACCCUGCUCUAGCAUUUGCGAACGGAUGGAACCAGGUAUACGCCUAUAUUGUCUCAAUACCUUCGGAAAUCGUGGCAGCGGCAAUAAUCAUUGAGUUCUGGGUCACAAUAAAUAACGCCGUCUGGAUCACCAUUUUUGGGAUUUUAAUGCUCGUCACGGCACUCUUGUUUGUACGGGUCUACGGAGAACUGGAGUUCGGCGUCUCAAUGUUGAAGAUUAUGUUAGUUGUGGGCAUACACAUUAUGGCCUUAGUGAUCACUUGUGGUGGCGCACCUAACCACGCCGCGAUCGGAUUCACCUACUGGAAAAAUCCUGGGCCGUUUGUCCAAUACCUCGGGGUAUCCGGCUCUCUGGGUCGAUUUCUAGGAUUUUGGAAAGCAUUUGACAACGCUCUCUAUUCUUAUUCGGGAAUCGAAAAUAUCACUAUCGCUGCCGCCGAAACUCGAAACCCUCGACGUGCUAUACCGAUGGCGGCGAAGCGUAUCUUUAUUCGAAUUCUACUCUUCUACGCUCUGACGAUCUUCAUGGUCGGAUUAGUUGUGGCUUCAAAUGACCCUGACCUACUCACCGAGACUGAUACCGCGUCUUAA